AUGUUUGCUCUCCGACGCUCAGCGGCUCCCGUGAGGCAGCUGCUGCGUCAACAGCCGCGCCGCUUCGAGUCGCAUGCCGCACAUGACCACCACCAUCACGGCCCAGUGAACGAGAGCUUCGGCCCAAGUUUCUAUAUUGCCAUCUCAACAUUCGCCGCCAGCUUCGUGCUCUACCGCAUCAGCAAGGCCUCCGACGACUCCUUCAUCUCCCGCCUCAUCACCAAGUACUCGCCUGACCAGAAGGUGUUCGAGGAGCGUAAUGCCAUUCACACUGCCGCCCUAGAGCAGGCUGCUGCCGAUCGUCACUUGUUUGUUGGUGCUACUCGACAGGAUUUUGUCGAUUUGAGGAGCAAUGAAGUGUUCAAUGCCGGAUCACCAUUCAACGUCGCUCCCGGCUCCCAGGCUGACCUCAGCUCCAUCGCUGCCCACUACCACAAGAAGAACCAAGAAAUUGAGGCGGACCGGUUGGCUCGGACAAAAGAUGGAAAGGUCGUCAGCAUAUAUGACUAG